UGAAAAUCCAACCUUUCAGCCCUAGCAGUAGCCAGGCCUCCCUCCCGUCAACCCCGCCUCCGCCGCCGCCACCACUUCUGUCUUCCUACUUCUACUGCGCAGUGUUAACAAAAAGCAAGUUGUUAACCCUGUAUUCAUGAUAUCAAUUCGUGAUUUGCACUCCUGCUUUUGACUUGGCCCUCCCAGCCCUGCACAGAUUUUUACCGCCCCAAUCGGCUAACCGUGCCUCCCAUGGCGUUGCCACUCUCAUUCAAGAACAACUACCGCUGCUCUCGCUCUCUCCAGCAAUUCUACACCGGUGGACCUUAUGCGGUUUCAUCCGACGGAUCAUUCCUAGUUUGCGCGUGCCACGACUCCAUCAAGAUUGUUGAUUCUUCUACCGCCGCCGUCAAAUCUACCAUUGAGGGGGAUUCCGAACCAGUAACUGCCUUCAUUCUGAGCCCUGACGACACUUUACUCUUCUCCACCAGCCACAGCCGCCAGAUUCGAGUCUGGGAUCUCGCUUCUCUCAGCUGCAUCCGUUCCUGGAAGGGGCAUGAAGGGCCAGUGAUGGGGAUGGCUUGCCAUCCGUCGGGGGGGUUGUUAGCCACAGCAGGUGCUGAUCAUAAAGUGCAAGUAUGGGAUGUGGAUGGAGGUUUCUGUACGCAUCAUUUCAAAGGGCAUAAAGGAGUUGUGACCAGCGUUAUUUUUCAUCCAGACCCAAGCCGUCUACUUCUUUUCUCCAGUGGAGAUGAUGCCACUGUUAGGGUGUGGGAUCUCACAAGCAAGAAGUGUGUUGCAACGCUAGAAAAACAUCAAUCAACUGUCACUUCUAUGGCGAUAUCUGAAGAUGGAUGGACCUUGAUUACUGCUGGAAGAGAUAAGGUUGUGAACUUAUGGGACCUGCAUGAGUACAAAUGUGAAAAGACUAUACCUACAUAUGAGGCAGUGGAAGCUGUGUGUGCGCUCAAUUCAACAUCCCCUUAUGCCUCAAAACUGGCACUGCUUGCUCAAAAAAAUGGUAGAAGUAUCAGUUCAACUUCUAUACACUUUGUAUGUGUUGGUGAACGUGGGAUUGUGCGGAUAUGGAACUCAGAUGGCCCAGUACUUUUUGAGCAGAAAUCAUCUGAUUUGACUGUUGGAGCAGUUGAUGAAGAGAUUAAAAGAGGUUUCAUCUCUGCUCUGGUGCUGCCAUUAGGUCAAGGAUUACUCUGUGCAACAGCUGACCAGCAGUUUCUCAUAUAUGAUUUGGAAGAAGACAGCAUUGAUGGUUUGUUCUUAGUGCUAAAGAGAAGGCUCAUUGGAUUCAAUGAGGAGAUUGCAGAUAUGAAGUUUCUGGGUGAAGAUGAACAAUUCCUUGCAGUUUCUACCAGCGUUGAGCAGGUACGAGUGUAUGACCUAGAAACAAUGUCAUGUUCGUAUACAUUGGCUGGUCAUUCUGAUGUAGUUCUAUGCCUUGAUACUUGUGUAUCAAGUUCUGGAAAAACACUUAUUGUCACAGGAAGCAAAGACAACACUCUUAGGUUGUGGGAUUGCAAAAACCGAUGCUGCAUUGGAGUUGGCAUAGGCCACAUGGGAGCUGUUGGUGCUGUUGCUUUCUCAAAGAAAAACCGAAACUUUUUUGUUAGUGGCAGUAGUGAUCGUACACUGAAGUUAUGGAGCUUAGAUGGUAUGUCAGAUGAUGUUGAAAGUGUUUCCAGCUUGAAAGCAAAAGCAGUAGUAGCAGCUCAUGACAAAGAUAUAAAUUCUCUGGCAAUUGCACCCAAUGAUAGCCUUGUUUGCAGUGGUUCACAGGACCGGACAGCAUGCAUAUGGAGGCUCCCAGAUCUGGUAUCAGUGGUUGUUCUUAAAGGACAUAAGAGAGGAGUGUGGUCUGUGGAGUUUUCUCCUGUGGAUCAAUGUGUCGUAACAGCAUCUGGUGAUAAGACCAUAAAAGUAUGGGCUAUCUCUGAUGGCUCAUGCCUACGGACAUUCGAAGGGCACACAUCAAGUGUCAUUAGAGCUUCAUUUAUUACUCGAGGCACUCAAUUUGUUUCAUGCGGUGCUGAUGGCUUGGUGAAGCUGUGGACUGUCAAAACUAACGAAUGCGUGGCUACCUAUGAUCAGCAUGAAGACAAGAUAUGGGCAUUAGCUAUCGGGAAGAAAACAGAAAUGCUGGCGACGGGUGGUAGUGAUGCUGUUAUUAAUUUGUGGCAUGACUCUACAACUGUGGAUAAAGAGGAGGCCUUUCGUAAAGAAGAGGAAGGUAUAUUGAGAGGGCAAGAGCUAGAGAAUGCAGUAUUAGGUGCCGAUUACACUAGAGCUAUUCAACUUGCUUUUGAACUUCGAAGACCUCACAAACUCUUAGAGUUAUUUAGUGAACUCUGCAGGAAGGAAGAUGGCUGUGUUCAGAUCGAGAAGGCUCUAAGUCCUCUGGGCAAGGAAGAGCUUCAGUUACUCUUGGAAUGCAUGAGAGAAUGGAACACAAAACCUAAGUUGUGUCACAUAGCACACUUUGUACUUAGCUGCCUAUUUAGCACCGUACCUCCUACAGAAGUUGUGGAGAUGAAGGGCAUUGGGGAGAUUCUUGAAGCUCUUAUCCCGUAUUCACAGAGGCAUUUUACGAGAAUGGGGCGGCUGGAGAGGAGCACAUUCCUUUUAGACUACACCUUGACAUCGAUGUCAGUUAUCGAACCUGAAAGAAAUGAUGCAGAGGGAGGUUCCCGGGCGGCUGCUUCUAGGUCUGAAAGAGAUGCGAAAUGGCCGCCCCCAAGAAUUGAGUCGUCUAAUGUUGCAGGAGGAGAUGAUGAGUUAGCAGCAGCACAAGUCAGCGGCGGCGGUGGCAGUGGUGUGGAUAGGGAAGAGGAAGGUGAGGACACGGAGCCUGGGAAGAAGAAGAAGAAGAAGAGGAGGAAAUCUCACAAGUCGGGAAAUAGAGAACUCAAGAAAAUGAAGGUGGCUGCCUAUGAGGCAGCGGCUAUAUCGACCUCCUAGACUAGACUCUCAGUCGCACGCAUGGUGAAAUUUUUGUUAGUUUCUUUGACCACAAUUUUGGGGUAGUAGUAGGGGGGAGGGGGUUAACAUACACGUACAAAGAGAGAGGGAUAUAUAUAUAUAUAUAUAUAUGUACUAGUAAUAUUUUAUGCGCGGGUGAAUUUUGUGAGCUGUGAGUCUCCACCUAA